UAGACCUCAGCAACCAUGGUGAACAUGCCGAAGGAACGCCGCACCUUUUGCAAGGGCAAGAAGUGCCAGAAGCACACGGUGCACAAGAUCACCCAGUACAAGGCCGGCAAGGCCUCCAAGUACGCCCAGGGCGCGCGUCGCUACAACGACAAGCAGAAGGGUUUCGGUGGCCAGACCAAGCCCGUGUUCCACAAGAAGGCCAAGACCACCAAGAAGAUCACCCUGCGCAUGGAGUGCAAGGAGUGCAAGACCAAGAAGCAGCUCCCCAUGAAGCGCACCAAGCACUUCGAGCUCGGCGAGAAGAAGAAGUCGACCGGCCACCAGUACUAAGUGCGCUAGGCUCGAGCAGGUUUCCGGUCUGCGGGCGUCACUGCUAGGAGCUGUGGUUGGCUGGCUGGGACGCGGUGCUGCUGCUGCUGCUGCUUCGGCGUGGGUUAACUGAUCGGUCUUCGAACGACGAUGUCACUCAACGAUGACUGGGGCGAGGUGGACAGGUGCGGCCGCAGGACGCUCUGCGCCGCUGCGGAGGGAGAUCUGCUGCGGCGGAUGGAGAGCUGCAGAACAACAGGGCGAGCUCGGUAGUGCCUCAAAUCAAAGCCAUGGUCGUAUUUUAGUCCUGAAA